GAUAACCAUAACAUAUAUUAUUCAACAGGCUACGGGUUUUCAGCGGUUCGUUUUGCCCCAAUGCGCAGUUAUUACUAGUCUCAAGCUUCCUUCGUCCUGACACCCGGAUAAGGCUAAUUAGUCUAGCCAGUGCCAUUGAUCGAAGAGUUGAAGCGGACAUCAAGGGCCGGAACCCUAAAGGUCAAUAACUGCAAAUAGAAAAGAAAAAAUCUGUUCCCAUCGCUUAGCACCUGUCUUACAACUUGCGCCGGUGACGGCGCGUGUGUACUUUCUCGCACCGAGCCUCUCGAUUCAAACGGGAACAGUGUCUCGAUCGAAUGGUCCCGUGGCGGUCCUCGAAGCUCUGCUUCUCUCUCCAACACCAAGAAAAGGGCUCCUCCUCCACCUUCUGCUGCCCGGUCGCUCCUUGCCAGGUUUCUUCCGGCUUUCUGGCUCCCAAGUACUGCUGUUCUGGCCGAUUUGACCAACAGUCUUUCGCCCGUCUUCCGAUCGACAAGUCGUGCAGUCUCGAGUUCAAACAUUGCAGAAGUGUCGCUUUGAUUCUAACUGGCUAGAUUAUCGUGGCCUUCGUGUUUUUGGUUCGUUUUCUUCUUCGCCAUUAAUACGACAUAAAGUGUUAUUACAUCAUCUGAAGAUUUAACGGACAACCAUGGCGCGGAGCAGUUUCUCCUUCCUGUUCCUGUCCACUCUGAUGCUGAUUCAUUCCGUUACUAGCUGCGGGUAUCCCGGUUCGCCAUCUCACGCUGUCGUAACCUUCACGCCGGACAACAUCAGACCCGGAACGGUAGCAACUUAUGAAUGUGAGCCCGGCUUUGAGCUUCUUGGUCCGUCUCGACGACUUUGCUCAACCAACGGCACUUGGACACCAGCUGGCAUACCUUUCUGUGUUUUGAACGUGGCGGCUGGUAAGGCGCCAAUGCAAUCUAGUGUCGCUGGAGGCGGUGUUCCCGAGCGAGCUGUCGAUGGUAGCACCAGCAAUUUCUUCACGCCGGAAACAUGCAGCUUGACCGAAGUGGAGCGUGCACCCUGGUGGUACGUCAACCUUCUUGAGCCUUACAUGGUCCAGCUGGUGCGACUAGACUUUGGCAAACCCUGCUGUGAAGAUGGUAAGCCUGCCACGAUCGUUGUCAGAGUAGGCAACAGCAGGCCUGAUAUGGGAGUCAAUGCCGUCUGUAACCGCUUCACUGGAUUCAUUGAAGAGGGCCGUCCACUCUUUUUACCGUGCAAUCCUCCAAUGGCUGGCGCUUUUGUUAGCGUUCACUUGGAAGGUCCAGCGGGCAAUAGCCUCUCUAUCUGCGAAGCUUUUGUCUACACCGAUCAGGCGUUGCCCAUUGAAAGGUGCCCACAAUUCCGCGACCAGGAGCCCGGCAGCAGCGCCACAUACAACGGCAAGUGUUACCUGUUUCACGACAACCAGCCGCUCAAUUUCAACGAGGCCCGCCAAUUCUGCGAAGCUCGCGGCGGAUCACUGAUUGAUGAAACCAAUCCAGCCCUACAGGGAUUCGUCAGUUGGGAAUUAUGGAGACGUCACAGCCGCAACGAUCCAAGUGGACAAUAUUGGUUGGGACUUAUGCGCGAUACAACCGAUCGUUCGAAUUGGAAAUGGCUUUCGGGGAAAGAUGUGAGCGUCUCGUUCUGGAAUUUACCUGGCGGCGGAGAGAACUGCGCUCGCUACGACGGAACCAAAGGCUGGCUGUGGUCAGAUACCAAUUGCAACCGCAAACUCUUCUUCAUUUGCCAACACCGUCCGAAAUCGUGCGGUCGACCUGAACAACCGGCUAACGGGACUGUGAUCGCUGAUAAUUUUAACGUGGGCAAUCGAGUGGAGUACCGCUGCGACCCGGGUCACAUGGCCGUCGGUCCAACCUUCAGGACUUGUCUCUCAUCCGGUUUCUUCGGCGAAUAUCCGCCCGUAUGCAAAUAUGUUCAAUGCGGGAUGCCGGCCAGAAUUCCCAACGGCGGUUACGUAUUGGUCAACGACACGCGUCACUAUCUGAGCAUGACCUCAUACUCUUGCAACGACGGCUACCAAAUCAUCGGUCGUGGAGAUCUGGUCUGUGAUAUCGACGGUCGCUGGAACGGACCUCCACCUCGUUGCGAACCCGUGUAUUGUCUCGAACCACCCAUCAUCAACAACGGCGGUUUCCGGCUCUCGACCAACUCAACCGUAGCCGGCACGGCGGUGGAAUACUAUUGCUUGAGCAACUCACGCUAUCGUAUGUCAGGCCCGAGCCGCAUCGUCUGUCAGUCGGACGGCCAUUACGACCGAGACCCACCGGUUUGCAUAGACGGGGGAGACGAGGACGCUCGGCAGCCGGAAAAGAAUGUGGUGCCGGUCGAUCGUAAAAUUGAUCAACCACUCCAAUCUCACGAGACCGAGUACGUUGAUGAUUACGAAUACUACGACGAGACGAGCCAGGAGGGUUUCAUCCCGCCUAAUUUUGCCAACAAAUUCAACCCAACCACUAAAAUCAGCACUACACUUGCGCCCACUACCACCAGCGUGAGGCCCGUUAAGACUUCGAGCACCACAGUAUUUAGUACGACUAGCACUACGACACCGGCACCGACCACCAGGAGCACUUCUUACGCCACUGCUCGCGCAACAAAGGCCACGAAAGUGGAGAGUACGGUUCGUUCGACUACUACGGUACGAUCGAGAAGCACUACGCCCAUUUCUAUGCCGACUGUACCUACUCGGAGACCAUUCGACCCGACACGAUUGACCAAGCUUAACAACAGACCCACUGGCACCAGCAAUAGCCGGGCAGGCGUCUUUAACAAUGACAACAACAGAGUUAAACCCGACGUUGCACUUAAUGUUCCCAACGGCCCUGUCUAUCUGUCUCCUCAAGAUAACGAGAUUGCCGACAGUUCCAAUGUCAAGAACAACGUGCCACCCAAUGUCAACGAGCCACAGAACACGGUCGAGUCCGAAAGCCAAGGAUUCACGCCCAAACUUAAUCUAGGUGGUAUAAUUGCGCUGGGAGUCUUUGGAGGUUUCGUCUUCCUAUCGGCCAUCAUAACCACCUUUGUCAUCGUCCUCCGCCGCAUACGUAACGAUAAACGCUAUCGACGACGAGGGGCGUCCAGUGAGACCCAAACAGCUGCUACAUUCGAUUCUUCCAGCGUCGAUGGAGGAGCCGGAGGAACAGGAGGUGCUGGCCUGAGCAAAUCUUACCGUCAGGCCUGGGAUAACUUACGCGAUCCUGAACAACCGAAGCGCAGCAAGAGUCAUCACCAUCACGCUCAAGCAUCUCGCAAGGAAACACUCGAUGACCCGAAUUAUCGAACACGCCACACUGAAGUCGUUCGUGAAGAGGGGGAAAUGGUCGUCUCGGACGUCUACCCCAAAUCGGGAGGCAAACACCACCACGGCGAAAAGAAACGCCAUCACCAUCAUCACCACCACAAGCACAGCAAGCGUAACGCUAGCGGUGAUUGGUAAACCAAAAGACGAAAGGUUUUGAUGGAAUUUUUUGCGAAACGAGCGCGUAAUGUUGAACUGAAUGGGACUGAUUCGAAACAAACUUGAUCCAUUCACCAUUGGGAUAAAUUACAGCUGAAAUCCAAAAUGUGUAUUUAUUCGAUUUCCAUAGUUAUGUCGCCUUCUGUUUGACGAUUCGUCUUCCCUCGUUUGUUCUUAUUUUGAUUCCUUUAUCCCCCAAUCCAGUUUUACCCAUGAAUUUACAGUAAUGUGUUGAAAAUACCUGCGUCAGGAAGAUUGUUACAAGAAUCGUUACAAAUUGUCGUCAUUUCAAAUCAACUUUGGCGGGUAAGAUUCGCCACAGUUUGUUAAGCUUCGUUUGUAAACAUAUACUAUAUGAAUCGCUCAUCAAUUCAGCAUCAUUAUACGACUGUGACCACAAGGGCAUUGGCCGAUUUGUCUUGCGUUUGUGGUGGACUCCUUCUGUUGUUAUUUCCUUGUACAUAAUGCCAUUUUCCUUAUACCCAUCUCUUACUACUACAUAAGUGACUUAAUAUUUAACAACGAUUGCUCCCCAGGCACUGCUGCACUACACUGCAGAGCAAUUCUCUUUACGUUCGAUUCUAUACUAACUUGCACACCAUUUUAUAGAAUUAGUUUCCUUUAUUGAUUCCAUUACAUUUUAUUCGUGUCACCUGUGUAUUUAAUUUACUGAUGCUUUGCGUAAGAAAUAAAAUCAUUUGGAAAUUUAAAA